GCAACAGUGACUUCAGUUGAGUGUUUGAGAGAGUUUGUCACCGAGCGACUAACUACUUCUGCUGAAGAAAUAUUGUUGUAGUGUUGUUGAAAAAACUAUCGUCAAGUACGAGGAAGAGAUCGCUCGGCAGCACAGAUAAAGUUUCACAGGAUAGAGCUCCCACAGCAACAUGUCUGUAAGGAGGAGGAGGUUCUCUCUGACCAGCAGCUCUGUAUUCAGGAGAGGAACUCCAGUCUGGACCAAGAGGACCCAGAGCCUCCACAGAUUAAAGAGGAACAGGAGGAUCUGUGCACCAGUCAGGAGGGAGAGCAGCUUGUACUGAAGCAGGAGACUGAUACCUUUAUGUUGACUCCUACUUAUGAGGAAAGUGACCACAGUGAAGGUCAGACUCUGAACUUCAAUCCUGAUGAUGACACUCUAAGUGCAGCUGAGAAAGAGUCUGUAGCCAACAUGCCAGUUAUAACCUCUGUGGAAUCAGAAGCAAACAGUGACCACCAGCUCCUCUCUCACAACUCUCAUGAAGCUGAGAGCCAAGAUCAGAAAGGAGGCGAGCAUGAAGACUCAGGAUCAACUAGAAAUGCAGAGCCAGAACCAAAGAAGAGACAACGCAAGAGCAGAAGUCACAGCAACAAUUUGAACAACACUACCUUGGCAGAGAUCCACUGUAAUACUCAAACAGAGCUCCCACAGCAACAUGUCUGUAAGGAGGAGGAGGUUUUCUCUGACCAGCAGCUCUGUAUUCAGGAGAGGAACUCCAGUCUGGACCAAGAGGACCCAGAGCCUCCACAGAUUAAAGAGGAACAGGAGGAUCUGUGCACCAGUCAGGAGGGAGAGCAGCUUGUACUGAAGCAGGAGACUGAUACCUUUAUGUUGACUCCUACUUAUGAGGAAAGUGACCACAGUGAAGGUCAGACUCUGAACUUCAAUCCUGAUGACGCUCUAAGUGCAGCUGAGAAAGAGUCUGUAGCCAACAUGCCAGUUAUAACCUCUGUGGAAUCAGAAGCAAACAGUGACCACCAGCUCCUCUCUCACAACUCUCAUGAAGCUGAGAGCCAAGAUCAGAAAGGAGGCGAGCAUGAAGACUCAGGAUCAACUAGAAAUGCAGAGCCAGAACCAAAGAAGAGACAACGCAAGAGCAGAAGUCACAGUAACAACGUAGACAACACUAACAUGUCAGGGAUUCACCCUUAUACUCAAACAGGUAAAAAGUCUUUCAUAUGUGACACAUGUGGGAAAGACUUUAAGUGUAAUUCAGCAUUGCAGAGACACCUGAUAGUCCACACAGGUGAAAAGCCUUAUUCUUGCAAAACAUGUGGAAAAGAUUUCCGACAUAAACAUCACCUGAAAAAUCACAUGAGAACUCACACAGGUGAGAAGUCAUAUCCUUGCAAGACCUGCGGAAAAAGUCUCCGUGAUGCUUCAGCAUUAAAAAGGCAUAUGAGAACUCACACAGGUGAGAAGCCCUAUUCCUGCAAAACAUGCGGAAAAGAUUUCCUACGUAAGGAUGUUUUCAACAUCCAUAUGAGAACCCAUACUGGUGAGAAGCCGACCAUUUGCAAGAUUUGCGGGAAAAGAUUCUAUGAUGGUUCAACAUUAAUAAAGCAUAUGAGAAUCCACACAGGUGAGAAGCCAUAUUCCUGCAAAACCUGUGGAAAAGAUUUCAGACGUAAGGAUGAUUUCAACAUCCAUAUGAGAACCCACACAGGUGACAAGCCGUACAUUUGCAAGAUAUGUGAGAAAGGAUUAUUUGAUGUUCCAACAUUAAAAAGGCAUAUGAGAAUCCAUACAGGUGAGAAGCCGUAUUCUUGUAAAACGUGUGGAAAAGAUUUUAGACAAAGUAAUGCCUUGUUGGUCCACAUGAGAACACACACAGGUGAGAAGCCUUAUUCUUGCAAAACAUGUGGAAAAGACUUUGGACGUAAAGAUAACUUGGAAAUCCAUAUGAGAAUCCACACAGGUGAGAAGCUGUAUGUUUGCAUUAACUGCAGGAAAAGACUCUGUGACGCUUCAGCUUUAGAAAACCACAUGAGAACCCACACAGGUGAGAAGCCGUAUGUUUGCAAAACAUGUGGAAAAGAGUUUGGGCAAAAUAGUAACUUGUCGGUCCACAUGAGAAGAGCCCACACAGGUGAGAAGCCGUACGUUUGCAAGACCUGCAGGAAAAGAUUCGUUGACUCUUCAGCAUUAACAAAGCAUAUGAGAAUUCACACAGGUGAGAAGCCAUAUUCUUGCAAAACAUGUGGAAAAGAUUUCAGAAUUAAGCAUGUUUUCAACAUCCACAUGAGAACCCACACAGGUGAGAAGCCGUAUGUUUGCAAAACAUGUGGAAAAGAGUUUGGGCAAAAUAGUAACUUGUCGGUGCACAUGAGAAGAGCCCACACAGGUGAGAAGCCGUACAGUUGCAAGACCUGCAGGAAAAGAUUCUUUGUCUCUUCAGCUUUAAAAAAGCAUGAGAACGCACACAGGUGAAAAGAGAUUUUCUUGCAAAUCAUGGAAAAGGUUUUGGACAAAAUAGUGUCUUGUCGGUCCAUGUGAAAAGAGAUGUUUUUAACAUUUGUAAUCUCCCAAAUCAAUGACAAAUGUGAGUUUCACAGUGAGUGGACAGUAGUGGCUGUUAAAGUAAUGAUGUGAACUUGAUGGUUGUUGGUUUUGCCAAAUGUUCCUUUUAAGUAUCAUAGAUUCACUUUUAGUUUAAAGUUUAACAAGGAGCUGAAAUCCAUGUACAGUGGGGCAAUUAAGUAUUGAACGCGACAACAUUUUUCUCAGUAAAGCUAUUUCUGAUGGGGCUGAUCGGCAUGACAUUUUCACUAGAUGUCAGUAACAUCCCAAGUAAUCCAAACAUACAAAUAUAUCAAAAUGAAUAAGUCCAUAAAUUAAGUUGUGUGUAAUAAAGUGAAAU